GACACAAUAGCAGCUCCCACCAAGAUGGCGGCGGCGACGGCGGACCCGGGAGCAGGGAGCCCGCAGGCUGGGGACUCCUCCAGCGGGGGGGCUGGGGGCGGGCUGCCGUCCCCCGGGGAUCAGGAGCUGAGCCGGCGCCUGCAGCGCCUGUACCCCGCGGUCAACCAGCACGAGACGCCAUUGCCGCGUUCCUGGAGCCCCAAGGACAAGUACAACUACAUCGGCCUCUCUCAGGGCAACCUCCGUGUCCACUACAAAGGUCAUGGCAAAAAUCACAAAGAUGCAGCCUCAGUUCGAGCCACUCACCCCAUACCCGCUGCCUGUGGUAUUUAUUACUUUGAGGUGAAGAUCAUCAGCAAAGGAAGAGAUGGGUACAUGGGAAUAGGACUCUCAGCUCAAGGAGUCAACAUGAACAGACUUCCCGGUUGGGACAAACAUUCUUAUGGUUACCAUGGUGAUGACGGGCAUUCCUUCUGCUCCUCUGGGACUGGCCAGCCAUAUGGUCCCACAUUCACCACAGGAGAUGUGAUUGGCUGCUGUGUCAACCUCAUCAAUGGCACCUGCUUCUACACCAAGAAUGGCCACAGUCUUGGUAUAGCCUUCACAGACCUACCGGCCAACCUCUACCCCACCGUAGGCCUCCAGACACCUGGGGAGAUUGUGGAUGCCAACUUUGGGCAGCAGCCCUUCCUGUUCGACAUUGAGGACUACAUGCGGGAAUGGCGUGCUAAGGUCCAGGGCACCGUCCACGGCUUCCCUAUCAGCGCCCGGCUGGGUGAAUGGCAGGCGGUGCUGCAGAACAUGGUCUCGUCUUACCUGGUGCAUCAUGGGUAUUGUGCCACGGCCACGGCUUUUGCCCGAAUGACUGAAACCCCGAUUCAGGAAGAACAGGCGUCCAUAAAGAACAGACAAAAGAUCCAGAAGCUGGUGCUGGAAGGCCGGGUGGGUGAAGCCAUUGAGACAACCCAGCACUUCUACCCUGGGCUGCUGGAGCACAACCCUAACCUGCUCUUCAUGCUCAAGUGCCGACAAUUUGUGGAGAUGGUGAAUGGCACCGACAGUGAGGUCCGCAGCUUGAGCUCCCGAAGCCCCAAGUCCCAAGACAGCUAUCCUGGCUCCCCCAGCCUCAGCCCCCGACAUGGCCCCAGUAGUUCCCACAUGCACAACACAGGAGCAGACAGUCCCAGCUGCAGCAAUGGCGUCGCAUCCACCAAGAGCAAACAGAACCACAGUAAAUACCCCGCACCCAGCUCCUCCUCCUCGUCCUCGUCCUCCUCGUCCUCCUCCUCCCCGUCCUCCGUCAAUUACUCCGAGUCCAACUCAACAGACUCUACCAAGUCCCAGCCCCACAGCAGUACCAGUAACCAGGAGACCAGUGAUAGCGAAAUGGAGAUGGAAGCAGAACAUUAUCCCAAUGGCAUGCUGGAAACCAUGUCCACACGCAUUGUCAAUGGUGCCUACAAACAUGAGGACCUGCAGACAGAUGAGUCUAGCAUGGAUGAUGGACAUCCACGACGGCAGCUCUGUGGGGGCAACCAGGCUGCCACAGAGAGGAUCAUCCUGUUUGGCCGUGAGUUGCAAGCACUAAGUGAGCAGCUGGGCCGCGAGUAUGGCAAGAAUUUGGCCCACACAGAAAUGUUACAGGAUGCCUUCAGCCUACUGGCGUACUCAGAUCCCUGGAGCUGCCCAGUUGGCCAGCAGCUUGACCCCAUCCAGAGAGAACCUGUAUGCGCUGCUCUCAACAGCGCCAUUUUAGAGUCUCAGAACCUGCCAAAGCAGCCUCCUCUGAUGCUCGCCCUGGGCCAGGCAUCUGAAUGUCUACGGCUCAUGGCCCGAGCGGGCCUGGGAUCUUGCUCCUUUGCCAGAGUUGAUGACUACUUGCACUAGCUGACCAUACUACUGGCUGGCCCCACCUGGCCCUCCUUCGGCUCCCAGGCUGGAGCAGCCCUGCCCUCCAUAUGCACCUGGCACAGGGACCUGGAAGCCAUGGAAAGAGUCCAUUCCUCCUGCCCAGCCUGCCUGCCCAUCUUCCCUCCCUCCCUCCCUCUUUUCCUUCCUUCCUUCCUUCCUUCCU